AUGGGCAUUGAUUACUACAACAUUUUGAAAGUGCCGAAGAAUGCGAGCGAGGAAGAUUUGAAGAAGUCGUACAAGCGUCUGGCUAUGAAAUGGCAUCCCGAUAAGAACAGCCAGAAUAAGAAAGAAGCCGAGGCCAAAUUCAAGCAGAUUUCCGAGGCCUAUGAUGUCCUCAGCGACUUUCAGAAGCGCCAGAUCUAUGAUUUGUACGGCGAGGAAGGUUUGAAGUCCGGCCAGUUCUCUGCUGCUUCCCCCACCAGUGGUGCUAGUGGCAGGGGUUUCCGAUUCAGUCCAAGAGACGCCGACGCCAUUUUCGCUGAGUUUUUCGGCGGAUUUGAUGCCAAUUAUGGUGUUGGCGGCGCAACCGGAGCUGUUAAGAAAGCUGCGCCGGUUGAAAAUAAGCUGCCUUGUACAUUGGAGGAACUGUAUAAAGGAUCUAAACGCAAGAUGCAAAUUUCGAGGAUCGUUCUUGAUGAUUCCGGCAAGCCUGUAACUGUGGAAGAGGUCUUGGCCAUACACAUCAAACCUGGAUGGAAAAAAGGCACAAAGAUUACCUUUCCUGAGAAAGGGAACUAUGAACCUGGUUCUGUUCCCGGAGAUCUUAUAUUUGUAAUUGAUGAAAAACCUCAUGCUGUUUUCAAGAGGGAUGGAAAUGAUCUUGUCAUGCAUCAGAAAAUUUCCUUGCUGGAUGCUCUCACCGGGAAGACACUGAAAUUGACAACCUUGGAUGGAAGGAAUCUGACCAUCCCUGUCAAAGAUAUAGUCAAACCAGGCCAGGAACUGAAGAUUCCAAAUGAAGGGAUGCCCAUAUCUAAAGAACCAGGUACGAGUGGAAAUUUGAGGAUCAAGUUUGACAUUAAAUUUCCUUCGAGGCUUACCUCGGACCAAAAAUCUGAAUUGCGGAGGGUAUUGGGGAAGCAUUAUGAACAGCCCACGGUUUGA